AUUCUGCGUCACACAUGUGGGAAUCUUUCCAGGAUGAAAAAGAACAGGUGCAGGAAACAGAUAAGAUAUUAGAGAGUGAGAUCUACUCGGGAAACAGCAGCCUUCAGAUUUUUACAGCUAUCUGUCCAUCAUGAAGCUGAACCUUUUCCUUCUCCUGGGUCUCACUGGACUGGUCUCAUCUGCUGUAUCUGUCCUGCGAACCUUCCCUCACCAUUAUGACCUGAUAAUGACAGGGGCGACAUGGCCUGUUGCACAGAAUUACUGCAGGGUGACUUACAAUGAUCUGGCAACAGUCGUAAGUGAUACUGAUUGGCUAAGACCAAAGAAAGAAACAGCAAACAAACGUCUGUCAACAAAUGCCUGGGUCGGAUUAUACAAUGAUGUCAAUAGCUGGCGCUGGUCCUUAAACGACCUCCCACUGAAGAAUGUCACUUAUACCUGCUGGAACCCUGGAGAGCCUAAUAAUGGCGAUGGAAACGAAGCAUGUGCUGUAUGUUCCUCUAAUGGAUGGUGGGAUGCACCAUGUACAGGACUAAGACCCUUCAUCUGCUAUAAUGCUAAUUUCAGUGGUGCUGCCCGGUUUAUUGGCAUCACUACACCUCUGUCCUGGCCUCAAGCUCAGGCUUACUGUAGAGAACAUCACACAGAUUUGGCCAGCGCUCUUAACAGUUCAGACCAAAACAUGUUAUGGCAGGUGUGGAACAUCCAGGGUGUUUCCUGGUUUGGGCUCUACAGAGACACAUGGAAGUGGUCUGAUGGAACCAUCGCUUCAAACCUACCAUGGGCUCCUGGAUACCCUAAUAAUUAUUAUGGCAAUUCGAACUGUGCAGUGGUUAAUAACGGACUGUUAUAUGAUUUGCCCUGCAACUACGUGUACUGUUUUUUCUGUCAUUCCAUUUACACUAUGUGGAGUCAGACAGUGAGACUGCAGGUGAAGUCUGAUGGCAGUGUGCUUGAUCCUGCUGUUCAGUCGUCCAUUUUAGAGCAGAUGAAGCAGAAACUGAAUGAACAUGGCAUGUUGGAGAACACCACAGUGACCUGGAGGGUGCAGCCAGAUGGAAACAUCUUCAAGAAAGAAAAAGAUGAUCUGUAACAUCUAAAUGUUCACCUUCAAGUCCAGCAGAUUGUAAACUGACUGAAAUGUAUUUAACCUUCAAUAUUUAAGCUUUAAUCAGUAGGGGGCGGUAGAGGACAAGAUUAACUAGAAGUAGAAGAACAAACAUCUCAUUUUAUUGCUCUGUUUGUGACACAACCACUUUGACUUCAUCUUAAAUUUAACAUUAGUUUCAAUGUUUUGUCAAAUAAUUAUUAUUUAAUAUGUUCAGCUUUUGCUGCAAGCUGCCACUGGACACAGUGAUAAGGAGAAAGUCAAAGAGGGUCUGUUCAUAUACUGGGUUUAAUACAUCAGUGUGUCGUAGUAAAGAAUAAAUCCUAUAUAGAAGAGAGAGAAUGUAACAGAACCUGUAAAUACACUGUGUGUACUUGGAACAGUCAGAUAGAAUGACCUUGACACUAUUACUGACCUUUUAUUCCUCUCUCUAUUUAUAUAUAUUUACUUAUUUUGUUGUCUUUUAUUCUAAUAUCUGUACUAAUGGGC